AUGUCCUCGCAGAUCCGCGGAGCCCUGAACGCAGUCAGGAGCCUGGUGGAGGGGAGCGGGCGUGCUGGAGGGGAGCUGCCCCGCGCUGUCGUGACACACAGCAGCGGGAAUCACGGGCAAGGGCUUUGCCUCCUCUCUCACCACGCAGGGAUUCCUGCCUACAUCGUGGUGCCCCGCACCGCCCCACGCUGCAAGCAAGCUGCCAUCCGCGCCUACGGCGCCACGCUGGUGCCGUGCGAGCCCAGCGAUGAGUCCAGAGCUGAGACAGCAGCUCGGGUGGUCCAGGAGACAGGAGGAGUGAUGGUACAUCCGAACCAGGAGCCAGCGGUGAUUGCGGGGCAAGGCACAAUCGCCCUGGAGGUGCUGGAGCAGGCACCCGAGGUAAAUGCAGUGGUGGUUCCUGUUGGAGGCGGAGGAAUGAUUGCAGGAAUAGCAACUGCUAUCAAGGCUCUGAGACCAGACGUGAAGGUGUUUGCUGCUGAGCCAUGCAACGCAGACGACUGUUACCAGUCCAAGCUGAGAGGGGAGCUGACCCCCAGCCUCAACCCACGGGAGACCAUCGCGGAUGCAGUGAGAACCAACAUCGGCCCCAACACAUGGCCCAUCAUCAGGGACUUGGUUGAUGAUGUCGUGACUGUCUCAGAGGAGGAAAUCAAGCGAGCCACGCGGCUGGUGUGGGAAAGGAUGAAGCUGCUGAUUGAGCCAACAGCGGGCGUGGGAGUGGCGGCAGCGCUCUCGGAGCAAUUCCAGGCGUUCCCCCGGGAUCUGGAGCACAUUUGCAUCGUGCUGUGUGGGGGAAACGUGGACCUGAGCUCCCUGACCUGGCUCACGGAGGGCCCUGGGACAGCGGAAUGAGAAGGGAGCAGCGCCUCGAGCAGUGGGAACCUCGCUCUGGGUUUGUAGAGCCUGGUUUGUGUGUGACUAAAACCAGAUAAA